GUGGCGGUCUGCACCAAUGACGUCAGUUCGCAGCCCUCCAUUAAACCUAAGGAAGAAGAAGUGGCAGUUGUUGUUGAAGUUGCAUCAGGCACAGAGCAAGGAAUGUUCAAAUGUCAGCCGACCAGGAAGCGAAAAAAGAUGAACUGCUUGCUCUAACAAGCAUAUAUGAUGAAGAGGAGUUUCACCGGGCGGAGUCAGAAGAGGAGGGUGAGAUUCAUCUGUGCCUAGAGCUUCCUCCUAACUUCAAACUGCUAGUCAAGGGACAGAAAUCCACAGAGUAUAACAUAUCAUUUCUACCUCCGUUGGUUCUGAGUUUUGAACUUCCUGCAGACUACCCUUCAGUGUCGUCUCCCGUUUUUACUUUAAGCUCCAAAUGGCUCACAAGAGUCCAGAUCACUGCGCUUUGCAGGAGGCUGGAUGAGCUUUGGGAGGAGAACAAAGGCAAUGUGGUUCUUUUUACCUGGAUCCAGUUCCUAAAGGAAGAGACUCUGGAUUUCCUGGGAAUACAGUCUCCGCUUGAAAUCCAAAGCUCUUGCAUUCAGCAGCACCAAUGCGAAUCCGGUCAGAAAGAAGCCGAAGUCAUUUCUGGAGAUAACAGUAAAGCUCAAGAUUUAGACCCGAGAGCCGUUCAAGAAGUUGACCCUCACACAGAUAUACUGACUCAGCUGCUGGAUUUUGACGAAGCUCAGAAGCAGAAGGUGUUCGACGGGAAGGUGUUCUGCUGUGGCAUCUGUUACUCGGAGAAGCUGGGAUCCGACUCUUUGCUCUUCAAAGACUGUCAGCAUGUUUACUGCAAGGCCUGCAUUAAGGAAUACUUUCAGAUCCAAAUAAGAGAUGGCAAAGUUCAGUGCCUUAACUGCCCUGAGCCCAAGUGUGUGUCCCUGGCCACUCCCACACAGGUGAAACUUCUUGUGGGUGAAGAUGAGUUUGCCCGCUACGAUCGUCUUCUGCUGCAGUCCAGUCUGGAUCUGAUGGCCGAUGUUGUGUAUUGCCCCCGCAUGAGCUGCUGUAUGGCUGUGAUGGUUGAGCCUGACUCCACCAUGGGCAUCUGUCCCUCCUGCCGAUACGCCUUUUGUACCCUCUGUAAGAGAAGCUAUCACGGCCUUUCCAACUGCAUAGCGACCGCUGACGAGCUUCGCAGUUUGCGGGAUGAAUACAUUUCUGCAAGCGAAGAGGGAAAGAAGUUCCUUGAAAAGCGUUUUGGGAGGCGGGUCAUCCAGAAGGCUGUGGAGGAGUCUUUCAGCACAGAAUGGCUGAAGAGUAACUCUAAACAGUGCCCUUGCUGUGGCUCUCAUAUAGAGAAAGUUCAUGGCUGUAACAAGAUGACCUGUUGCUCCUGUCAGAAGUAUUUUUGCUGGAUCUGUCUGGGAGCUCUCAGCAGAGUGAACCCCUACAGCCACUUCAACAACCCCAGCUCGCCGUGCUAUAACCAAUUGUUUCAGGGAGUGGAGAUGGACGAUGAAGAAGGCUUUGGAAGUGACGAAGAUGACUGAUCCACCGUAAAUGAAAAGCUUAAAGGAUAUAUAACUCCAUCCAGGGCAAGAACUAAAGGACUAUCACAUGAUCGUCUCUCAGAAUGAAUUUGCCUCAUAUAUUUACCCUUUGUGUUUUUACUUCCACACCACAUUCAAAUUCCAGUUGAGCUUUCUCUUAUGCAUAUACACGUCACUUCAAAUAGUUUUCCUGAAAUUUGAGGACAAAGCCCAUUUAAAUACAGCAAAUCAGUGCAAAACUACAGAAUAUAUAUUUUUUAGUUAAUGAAUUUGGCUCUUUUGCAAUUAUGUUGGCUUUGAGCAAGAUUACUGUUUAUUUGGCUACUGUUAAUGGUGUUUUAGACAAAUGAUGCACGUUUGCAAGUAAAGUUGAUGAGUUGGCACAUUUUCAAGAUUUCAGGAUAAAAUGAAUAUGCAUUUAGUGAUGAGCUUUAUCAGAACAUCUGAUUGCUGUUUUAUGCAAGCUGAAAGGAAGAGUGUGUGUCUACCAUCCAGAUGAUCACGGACAGUCGGUCAGAAAAAAAAAUGUAAUGUAGCAUCUGUCUCGUUUAAUAAAAUGCUUAACUAUU